ACUGUAGCUGUACCUCCCACUGUAGCUGUACCUCCCUCUAUAGCUGUACCUCCCACUAUAGCUGUACCUCCCACUAUAGCCGUACCUCUCACUGUAGCUGUACCUCCCACUAUAGCUGUACCUCCCUCUAUAGCUGUACCUCCCACUAUAGCUGUACCUCCCACUAUAGCCGUACCUCCCACUAUAGCUGUACCUCCCACUAUAGCUGUACCUCCCACUAUAGCUGUACCUCCCACUGUAGCUGUACCUCACACUAUAGCUGUACCUCCCACUAUAGCUCUACCUCCUACUAUAGCUGUACCUCCCACUAUAGCUGUACCUCCCACUAAUGUUGUACCUCCUACUGUAGCUGUACCUCCCACUAUAGCUGUACCUCCCACUAUAGCUGUACCUCCCACUGUAGCUGUACCUCCCACUGUAGCUGUACCUCCCACUAUGGCUGUACCUCCCACUAUAGCUGUACCUCCCACUGUAGCUGUAGUUAUACCUCCCACUAUAGCUGUACCUCCCACUGUAGCUGUAGUUAUACGUCCCACUGUAGCUGUACCUCCCACUAUAGCUGUACCUCCCACUAUAGCUGUACCUCCCACUAUGGCUGUACCUCCCACUAUGGCUGUACCUCCCACUAUAGCUGUAACUCCCACUAUGGCUGUACCUCACACUAUAGCUGUACCUCCCACUAUGGCUGUACCUCCCACUAUAGCUGUACCUCCCACUAUAGCUGUACCUCCCACUAUAGCUGUACCUCCCACUAUAGCUGUACCUCCCUCUGUAGCUGUACCUCCCACUGUAGCUGUACCUCCCACUAUAGCUGUACCUCCCACUAUAGCUGUACCUUCCACUAUAGCUGUACCUGUACCUCCCACUAUAGCUGUACCUCCCACUAUAGCUGUACCUCCCACUAUAGCUGUACCUCCCACUAUAGCUGUAGCUGUACCUCCCACUAUAGCCAUACCUCCCACUAUAUCUUUACCUCCUACUAUAGCUGUACCUCCCACUGUAGCUGUACCUCCCACUGUAGCUGCACCUCCCACUGUAGCUGUACCUCCCACUGUAGCUGUACCUCCCACUAUAGCUGUACCUCUCACUGUAGCUGUACCUCCCACUGUAGCUAUACCUCCCACUAUAGCUGUACCUCCCACUAUAGCUGUACCUCCCACUAUACCUGUACCUCCCACUGUAGCUGUACCUCCCACUAUAGCUGUACCUCCCACUAUAGCUGUACCUCCCACUAUAGCUGGACCUCCCUCGGUAGCUGUACCUCCCACUGUACCUCCCACUGUAGCUGUACCUCCCACUAUAGCUGUACCUCCCACUGUAGCUGUACCUCCCACUAUAGCUGUACCUCCCACUGUAGCUGUACCUCCCACUAUAGCUGUACCUCCCACUAUAGCUGUACCUCCCACUAUACUUGUACCUCCCACUGUAGCUGUACCUCCCACUGUAGCUGUACCUCCCUCUAUAGCUGUACCUCCCACUAUAGCUGUACCUCCCACUAUAGCCGUACCUCCCACUGUAGCUGUACCUCCCACUAUAGCUGUACCUCCCUCUAUAGCUGUACCUCCCACUAUAGCUGUACCUCCCACUAUAGCCGUACCUCCCACUAUAGCUGUACCUCCCACUAUAGCUGUACCUCCCACUAUAGCUGUACCUCCCACUGUAGCUGUACCUCACACUAUAGCUGUACCUCCCACUAUAGCUCUACCUCCUACUAUAGCUGUACCUCCCACUAUAGCUGUACCUCCCACUAUAGCUGUA